AUGAGGGGGAGGUUCCAGUGGAGGAGAGAGGAGGAGGAGGAGGAGGAGGAGGAGGAGGAGGAGGAGGAGGAGGAGGAGGAGGAGGAGGAGGAGGAGGAGGAGGAGGAGGAGGAGGAGGAGGGAACACGCAGGGGAACGGGGAAGGAAGAGCAGGGAGAGCAGGAAGAGGAGGUGGUGGUGGAAGGGCAGGUGGCGGUGCUUCAGGUGGUGGUGGCACAGGCACUUAUAGAGAGGGGGAAUCUGCACACGUGGCUGUAUCCACGUCAGCAGGAGGAGCAGGAAGGGGAGGAGGAGAGGGAGCGGAGGUGGGGGAGUAUGAGUGCUACAGCUGCUGCUACAGCUGGUGGUUCUGCUACAGAUAACGAUGAUGCUACAACUGCUUCGGCGGCUGGGGGUUUGUCUAGUGGUGCUGCUAGUAACGUUGAUUCUGCUACGCCUGUGCUGACGUGGCGGCAGCGCGUGCGCAUAGCUGUGGACGUGGCAAGAGGGCUGGAGUACCUCCACAGGCAGAACGUGAUUCACAGGGACUUCAAGACGUGCAAUAUACUGCUGGAUGAGCACAUGAGUGCGAAGCUCACGGAUUUUGGCAUGGCCACAGCAGGGCCUGAGGCGGGCAAGUCACACGUGUCCACUCGCAUCAUGGGGACAAUGGGGCCCCCCGAUCCCACAGGCCCCCCGAUCCCACAGGCCCCCCGAUCCCACAGGCCCCCCGAUCCCACAGGCCCCCCGAUCCCACAGGCCCCCCGAUCCCACAGGCCCCCCGAUCCCACAGGCCCCCCGAUCCCACAGGCCCCCCGAUCCCACAGGCCUCCCGAUCCCACAGGCCCCCCGAUCCCACAGGCCCCCCGAUCCCACAGGCCCCCCGAUCCCACAGGCCCCCCGAUCCCACAGGCCCCCCGAUCCCACAGGCCCCCCGAUCCCACAGGCCCCCCGAUCCCACAGGCCCCCCGAUCCCACAGGCCCCCCGAUCCCACAGGUUCCCCGAUCCCACAGGCCCCCCGAUCCCACAGGCCCCCCGAUCCCACAGGCCCCCCGAUCCCACAAGCCCCCCGAUCCCACCGGCCCCCCGAUCCCACAGGCCCCCCGAUCCCACAGGCCCCCCGAUCCCACAGGCCCCCCUUUCCCUCAGGCCACCUGACCGCCCGCAUUGGAGUGUACUCGCUGGAUCACCUCACAGCACGCAGUGACGUCUACUCGCUCGGGGUGGUGCUGCUGGAGCUGGCAACGGGCCGGUCUGACGUCUACUCGCUGGGAGUGGUGCUGCUGGAGCUGGCAACAGGCCGGUCGCCCGGUGCUGCUGAGAACACCCACCGCCUCCUGCCCUGGGCUCUCACACACCUGGAUCACUGCUGCGUGGACGUUCCUCUGUCAGAGAAGGGUGUCAACGAGGCCAUCGAAGCAGGGAAGAGAAUCUCCGAGAUUCCCGUGGAUGUCAUUUUCACCUCUGCGUUGAUCCGUGCUCAAAUGACUGCCAUGCUGGCCAUGACGCAGCAUCGCCGUAACAAGGUUCCUGUCAUCUUGCAUGAGGAGAGCCAGAGAGCCAAGGAUUGGAGCCGAAUCUUCAGCGAGAACACCGACGAGGAGAUCAUUCCCGUCAUCACUGCGUGGGAGCUCAACGAACGCAUGUACGGAGAUCUCCAGGGACUUAACAAGAAGGAAACGGCAGACAAAUACGGCAUGGAGCAAGUCGUUCUCUGGCGCCGAUCCUACGACGUCCCGCCUCCCAACGGCGAGUCCCUCGCCAUGUGCGCUGAGCGCGCCGUGGCGUAUUUCAAGGAACACGUGGAGCCGAGACUCACGGCGGGCGAGAAUGUGAUGAUUGCUGCGCAUGGCAACUCCCUGCGCGCGAUUAUCAUGUACCUUGACAGCCUUACGUCGCAGGAGGUGAUUGAGCUGGAGCUCUCUACGGGAGUCCCCAUGCUCUACAUCUUCCAAGGAAGCAAGUUCCUCCGCAGGGGCUCUCCCCUCCGCUCAAAUGAUAUCGGCGUCUUUGCACUCACAGAG